AUGUGCCUACGAAAAUGUACAGAACGACCAAAAGAUUCAACAGAGCAGUCUCUCGUUGCGAUGCUUGAAGAACGUCUGAAUGAGGCUGAAAGCAGUAUUCAAGAUUAUCGAGACGAAAACACUGUUCUGAAAUGCGAGCUUCGAGAUCUACAGGAGACAACAUAUGCGAACUCCGAUGCCAAACUGAAAGAAAAAAUUACCUGUACAGAAGCGCUUUGUGAUGAACUUAUGGAAGAAAAUGAAGCAUUGAAAACAGAAGAUCAAUACCGUGAGGAAGAGAUAGAAGAAUUCCGAGAGCUACAAAGGGAGUUGGAACAAAACGCUAAGAACUGUCGCGUAUUGCAAUUUAAGCUUCGUAAAGCGGAACGUAUGAAAGAGCAAAGCGAUGCGGAAAAAACGCAGUUACAGACGCGCCUUAACGUAAAUUUUAAGCUGAAACCUAAUAAUAGACUUUCUAUUCAGAAAGCAUCUUGUUCUUUUUAACA